GGUCAAAAAGACUUAGUUAGCAGAAGUGAUUUUUGUUUGCGAUGCGGGAAGUCUGAAAAAAGAAAGAAAGAAAGGGGUUAAGUUAAUUGAAUCCAUUUAGAUCACAUAUUCAUUGGUGUACACAUUUCAAAAGUAAGCACCCGCAAGGUCUCUGUAACCUUGAAGAAAGGAAAUGCACCGAGUAGGACAGACCGUAAGGAGAUUAGCCAAGUAUGGCAUUGUCCUGGGAGGGGGGACAUGUAUUUUAGCUUGGGCUACAAUGCCAGGCUCUUCGGUGCCAAACGUAUCAGCAAUGGAAGAUCAGUUGAAAUAUGCCUGGUCUCCCCUACCAACUCGACAAAACAUGAUUGACUCGCUGAAAAAGGACGAGUUUGAUGUUCUAGUGAUUGGGGGAGGAGCCACAGGUUGUGGGGUCGCUUUGGAUGCAGUAAGCAGAGGAUUAAAGACAGGUUUGGUAGAGAAAUUUGACUUCUCCUCAGGAACAAGCAGUAGAAGUACUAAGUUAAUUCAUGGAGGAGUGCGAUAUUUACAAAAAGCUGUCUUUAAUUUGGAUAUUGAGCAGUACCGCAUGGUAAAAGAAGCACUUGCAGAGAGAGCAAACUUAAUCCAGAUUGCGCCACAUUUAGCUUAUCCAUUUCCUAUUAUGUUGCCCAUUUACAAACUCUGGCAGGUUCCUUACUUCUGGGCUGGAAUUAAAACCUAUGAUGUAAUAGCAGGAAAACAACUCCUCAAACCAAGCUAUUAUUUAUCUAAACGGAAAGCAUUGGAGCUCUUCCCCAUGUUAAAGAAGGAGAAACUGGUUGGAGCACUAGUCUACUAUGAUGGACAACAUGAUGAUGCUAGGAUGAACAUUUCCAUGGCUAUCAGUGCUGCCCGUAUGGGAGGUACCAUGACAAACUAUACAGAGGUAGUCAAACUGUACAAAGAUAAAGAUGCGACAGGGAAGGAGGUGGUCUGUGGAGCUAGGGUGAAAGACAGACAAACGGGACAAGAGUUUGAUGUGAAGGCCAAGUGCAUAAUCAAUGCAACAGGACCAUACACAGACAACAUAAGACUGAUGGAUAAUGACCAAGAGAGGAAGAUCUGUCAACCAAGUCAGGGGGUGCACAUAGUUCUGCCUGAUUAUUACAGCCCAGACAAGAUGGGAUUGUUGGACCCUUCUACCAGUGAUGGUCGAAUCAUUUUCUUCUUGCCUUGGCAGAAGCAUACACUAGCAGGGACAACUGACUCUCCCUGUGAUCUGACGGACUCCCCCGCCCCCACAGAGAAGGAAAUCCAGUUCAUCCUUAAUGAAGUCAAGAAUUAUCUUCAUCCAGAUGUGGAGGUUCGGCGGGGAGAUGUGCGUUCGGCCUGGUGUGGUAUCCGCCCCCUUGUAUCAGACCCCAACAAAAAGGACACCCAGUCCGUGGCCAGGAACCACAUCAUUGAAGUGGCAGAGGACCAUCUUAUCACGAUAGCAGGAGGGAAGUGGACGACCUACCGUCACAUGGCCGAGGAGACCCUUGAUAAAGCUGUGCAGGUGUGCGGCCUGAAACCCUCGAAGCCCUGUCAGACCAAGGGCUUACUACUGGACGGGGCUCAUGGAUGGACCCCCACCCUCUUCAUCAGACUGGUGCAGGACUUUGGGUUGGAAAAUGAGGUAGCCCAACAUUUGGCCAGCACGUAUGGAGACAAGGCCUUUAAGAUUGCCAAGAUGUCCUCACUGACCGGACAGAGGUGGCCUGUUUUAGGGAAGCGACUCCACCAAGAGUUCCCUUAUUUAGAAGCGGAGGUGAGGUAUGCCAUUCGGGAGUAUGCCUGUACCGCCAUAGACAUCAUUGCACGCAGGACCCGCCUAGCUUUCUGUAACGCUAACGCAGCAGAGGAGGCAUUACCCAGGAUUGUACAAAUCAUGGCAGAGGAACUCAAGUGGAACAAAUCCCGGCAACAGGAGGAGUUGAGUAGAGCCCGGACCUUCCUGAGGAGGGAGAUGGGACUAGAUCUGGGCAGCGGAGCAUCCAACGUCCCCAUCAACUUCACCAAGGACGAGAUCAACAUGUACGUCAAGCGGUUCAAGAAUUUGGACGGAGACAACAAGGGAUACAUCACCGUCAACGACCUUCGCCGGUACUUCAAGCAAACUGGGGAGAAGGUUACUGAGGAUCAGUUACACGACAUUCUGAGUGAAGUGGAUCUUAAUCGCAACGCCCAGGUGGACAUCGGGGAGUUCCUACAGUUAGUUUACUGUGCUCAGAUAGCUGCCCAGAUAAAUAAUCUAGAUGAAUAUGAUCAAGAUCUCCACAGAAAACACCAGCUGUUAAUGAGUGCACUCAAGAGUGGAGCAGUGGCAAACUCGAGAUUCGCGAUGGCUGCCGAGUUGUCAUCAGAGAAGAUUCCAGUGGACAGAAGUGGAGGAGGAGUGUAAUAUGAUGGAAAAACUAGAAAUUUAAUAAAUUUAUAUGAAUUUUUUGUACUAUGUACUGGACAGUACCUAUGAUAUUGUCUUUUCUCGGAACAAUAUUUGUCAUUUAAUGCUGUUUGUCACUGAUUACCAUCUAAUGGUAAAGAAAUCCAAAGCUGAAGGAAAAAAAAACCCAAAUAAUUGAUCUACAGACUGCUUGAAAUGAAUAGGAAGCAAAAGAAUCUCUUUCAAUUUUGCAUUAUUAUGAAGAUUCAACAUCUUUUUAUUCCUUUUUUGCACUGCUUUUUGUUUCUUUUUAUUUUGCAACUAUUUCAAUACACCACAAAAAAUGGAGAUUGAUAAUAACAACUUUCAGAUACAGAUUUUUGAUUUAUUUAUUGACAGAGGUUUUAGAUUAUAGAUUGAAUUUGGGCAUCUGAUAAUUAUGACUGUUCAUGUAAUAUACCUUUGUGUACACUUACCGGUACAUGAAUAUUUGUCAAAGUUUGUUUUAUACACUGAAGUGUAGUGUAAUACAUGUAAUGUUAUAAGCUUGCAUUGAAGUGUAAUACAUUUACUGUUAAAAGUCUGUGUCUAUAAUACACUGAGGUGUAAUUACAUGCACAUGUUUUGUCAUAUCAGUACAACUGUAUUAGAAAAAAUGCUAAAGGAAUCUAUAAUAAAAUACUACUAGUGACUGUUAAAUUGACAAUGAGACAGGGUUUUAAAAUAGUGUUCAGUUCUGUUAAACAGUACUUUACGAUGGAUGGUAAGUGUAUUAACACUAGAUAUCCCGAUUUGUUAUGUAUUUUUUGUUCAAUCAUUUUAAUGAUUGAAGUUUGUCUCUUUAUUCCUCAGCAGUACUUGUUCAUCUGUGAUAAUAGCAUACAAAAACCAGCAAAGAUUUCACUGCUUUGCUACCUAUCAAUUUGGUACUUUUAAAACAAAGGCUGGUUAAAUGUAUUAUAUGCAGUAUAUAGAAACAACUCUUGAUACAUGUAUUUGCUAGAUAAUGCUAAAGCUGGUUAACUGUAUAAUUUGCAGUAUAUAGAAAACUUGAUACAUGUAUUUGCUAUAGAUAUUGAUUUUCCCUCAACAACAUGGCAAAUUACAUUACCAAUAAAGGGCUCAUGUCAGUGUUUGCAGUUAAGCCCACCCCCUUCCCCUUCAAAGACAUACUCUCAAUAAUUUACUCAGUACAUAUCUAACUCUUCUGCCUCUCUAAAACGCUUUAAUGAAUAGAUGUGAAUAUUUACUUGUGCAUUAUUUGGCUCAACAUUUGAUGUUGUGUGUAUAGCAGUCCGAUUUUUAUAUUCAGUGGAUCUUUAUAAGUCUCAAUCUACAUGUAUUUAUUAAAACCAUUCAGUUUUUAUAACUUUACUGUAUGAAUAGUGUAAAUCUUUGAAUGUUACAUAAAAUGACUUAAAGAAA